AAAAAGAAAAGUAUUUCAAAUGAUUUUCAAAACAAGUCUUCCUAAAAAUUCUAUUUGUUUUCUAUGUGCUUAUGUGACUAUGUGUAAAAUUACGUGCUAGAUUAAUUAAGUUAAUGUGAAAGUUAGUCACAUGUUUAAAAAAAUAUUUUAGGUAAGAAAUGGCGUAACUUCAUCUGAUCACGAAGCUAGAGUUCGAGAGCUAGAAGCACAACUAGCUCGGAUGGAAAGGACAAAUGAGCGACUGAUCACCCUCAUGGAGAAUCAGGCUCAAGAGGCCAAUGACGACGGGAAAUACUUUAAGAAUAUGGCAUAUCAUCGUCCGCCGCAAUACGACGGAGAAGCUGAUCCGGUUCGCUUUGAGAAUUGGCUCGCAGAGAUGGAGAAACUUUUAGAGGUCAUUAACUGUCCAGCGCACCUAAAAGUAAAGCAGGCUUCCUUCUACCUAUCUGGUCCAGCAGAGUUAUGGUGGCAUUCUGUCAAGGCCACUAUGACUGAUACCUUUUGGGAUGAUUUCCUUAUAACUCUUCGUCAACAAUUCUAUCCGCCAUCACUCCAACGGAAAAAGGAGAAUGAGUUCUUACAUCUUCGUCAGGGUCUUAUGACCGUGAUUGAGUACAGUUGUAAGUUCAAUGAGCUAUCUCGAUUUGCUUCUAACAUCGUAAGCAAAGAAAGUGUUCGUGCAUCCCGCUUCUUUGAGGGUCUUAAUCUUAAGAUCCAAAAGGGGAUCGGGAAGUAUUCUGACUUCCGAGAUCUCUACGACCGAGCGCUUGAGUAUGAGAGGAUCCUUGAAAAAGAGGACAACACCAACAAAAGAAAAUUUAGUGGAGGCAACAACAACAGGAACAAGAAGCCGACCAAUUGGGAUCGCAAGCCGUUCCAACCAACCACUUCAACAAGAGUCACAGUUUGGAAGUGUCGCUUAUGUGGUAAGGAUCACCGAGGUCGUUCAUGCACUGGGAAGAUCAUCUGCUUCAAAUGCAAAAAGGAGGGUCAUGUUUCCACUAACUGCCGAGAAGGGAUCCAGUUGGGAGCUAGUAGUACUGGUAAUUAUGGAGCUCCUAGUUCUUCGGGAAAUGUUCAGAGUAUUGCAGCUAGGAGGACUGCCGGUUUGCACGCUAUUAGCAACCAUGUAGACAAUCUUCAUCAGGCGUUUGAGGGUAAGGUCAUUUCUGGUCACUUUGUCGUAGGAGACUCUUUGGCUCAUAUUCUUUUUGAUUCAGGAGCUGACCGAUCUUUUAUCUCUUCUUCUUUCCUUCAUAAAUCCUCUAUCUCUCUUGAACCUCAAAAAUUUAAUCUCCAAAUUCUAUUACCUGACGGUUCACCAUUCCUGUGUGACCGUAUCUUUCCUAAUUUCCCACUUAAGAUUUCGGACAACCAUCUACCUGCCGAUUUAAUAGUGUUUGAGUUGGGUACAUAUGAUAUUAUUUUGGGGAUGGACUGGUUGGGACGUCAUCAUGCGGAGAUUUUGUGUAAAGAGAAGAUCGUUCGGGUUAAGGCUCCAGGUGGAGAAUGUUUGAUUAGGAAGAAUUCUGUGUUUCCCAUUCAGACCAUUUCUGCAGUUCAAGCCAUUGAGAUGAUUAAACAUGGAGAUAAGGGAUAUUUGUGUUUUAUUGCUAGUAGUGAGGAGAAAAUCAAGUUAAGUCUUGAGGAAACCCCAAUUGUUUGUGAUUACCCUGAUGUUUUCCCUGAGGAUCUACCUGGUUUACCUCCAAGGAGAGAGGUUGACUUUCAUAUAGAUCUAAUUCCUGAUGCGACCCCUAUCUCUAGGACUCCGUACCGUUUUGCUCCAGCUGAGUUAGCCGAAUUGAAAAAGCAAUUAGAUGAGUUAUUGGAGAAAGGUUUUAUCCGACCUAGUGUGUCACCCUGGGGAGCCCCUGUUCUGUUUGUGAAGAAGAAGGAUGGAACGAUGAGAUUGUGUAUUGAUUAUAGGGAGAUUAAUAAGAUCACCAUUAAGAAUCGUUACCCUUUGCCCAGGAUAGAUGAUUUGUUUGAUCAGCUAAGAGGCGCUCAGGUGUUCUCGAAGAUUGAUUUAAGGUCUGGAUAUCAUCAAUUGAGGAUAGCCAAGGAGGAUGUUUCUAAAACAGCAUUUCGGACCCGAUAUGGACAUUAUGAGUUUUUGGUGAUGCCAUUUGGGUUAACAAAUGCACCUGCAGCUUUUAUGGAUUUGAUGCAGAGGUAUCUUCGUCCUUAUUUGGAUAAAUUCGUGGUUGUUUUUAUCGAUGAUAUUUUGGUAUAUUCAAGGAGUAGGGAAGAACAUGAAGAACACUUGAGAAUGAUUCUGGAGCUUUUGAGAAAGGAGAAAUUGUAUGGGAAGUUUAGUAAGUGUGAGUUUUGGCUUGAGGAAAUUUCUUUUCUAGGUCAUAUGGUGUCUAAGGGUGGAAUUUCUGUAGAUCCUGAGAAGAUUAAAGCAAUAACGGACUGGCCGAUUCCUAGAAAUGUGACUGAAGUUCGGAGCUUUUUGGGAUUAGCUGGGUACUAUAGGAAAUAUGUUGAAAACUUUUCUAAGGUUGCUCGUCCCAUGUUUAAGCUGUUGAAGAAAGGGAUA